GCACUGCAGACACAUUGCACAGAACAGACUGAGUGCCACCCACAGUCUAGGGAUCCCACAAUGUGUGUCUGGGGGAUCUCAUGAGUUAUAAGUCUUGAUUCGCUUCAACUUUCAUACAUUCUGACUUCUCUGGAGCACAACUAAGCAGAUUGUUAUAUCUACUUCAAAAGCCAUUAUGCCUAUUCUUGUGAGUCCAACACCGGAAGAUAUCCCCAAACAUAUACUGGAUAUUUGGGUCAUCGUUCUAAUCAUCCUGGCUACAAUCUUGGUGAUGACAUCACUUCUUCUCUUUCCAGCUGCAGCCGUCAUUAUCUACAGAGUACGGACACAUCCAAUCAGAAGUAGCCAAUAGCACUAAAAUCUGUCAAAUGAUAUUCCGGAUAUUGGUAUCAUUUGGUGGACAGAGAGGACCCGUUGACAGGAGAGCUAUGGAUGGAAGGGCCCAUAUUAAAAUAAAGACGUCAUGGCGCUCUCCCCCUAGAAAUUGUGAUUUCAGCUAAAGUGGCACUGAGAGAGUUCAAGAGCCUAAAUGGUUCAAGCACCUACUUUAGACAGACAUUUAGCAUUCUAUACUUGCUGCCAUGCCUACCAACCUUUGAAUUUGAAAAAAAAUGAGAAACAAUACAAAGACCACGCCAAUCGUCUUAGAAAUUACCAUAAACUCUACCCCUUUAACAGUGUGGUUAGCGGGACUAUUGACAAGAAUGGCGGUGGCGGAACUUGUACAUUGUAUAUAUGGAUGUAGAAGACACAGUAUUAAAUCCAGUGUCAUAAAGAAGCACUAAAAACAACCGCAACAUAUGUCCACAAAUUAUUUUACUGCUACAAUAUUUUUUUAUAAUUUUUUUGCACUUGUUUCAUUUGUCUUAUUUUGAAAAUGUUCAAAUUAGAUGCUUUUCUUCUCUGUCAGACUAUACUUGUGCUUUCCUCUGGAAAUAUUACCAUAUUCACUAAUACAGUGCUGUAAUAAAGUAUAGCAUGGAGGAGUACACUGACUGUACAGCUAGUAUACAGCCCA